GCGCACAGGCACAGCCGUAAGCGACACUCGCCCGCGCGUAAUUGUGUAUGUACAGUAUGUACCUGCCCUCACACGUCUCGAAGCACACACCCGGAAGCCUACGGGGAUCCGUCCGCGAACUCGGGUCCAGUGCGGAAGUGUUGUCCACCGCACGUCUUCGCAUGCUGUCACAAGUCAAACAAGGUUGGGCUGGGCUGGGCGCGCGCCCGGCGUCUGCCGGUGCUUCGAGGCAUUUUCGGCGACAUGAUGCAUGCCGUGACUCAUAACACACGCAGUUGCAUUAUUUUUGAACCAACAGCAUUACUCUCAACAUGAAGGGCUCACGUGCCGCCCGUGAGACGUCAGCCGCGGAGGGACACGACGCUGGGUAUCCUGUUGUCAGUUACGGUUUCAAGUCCACGCCGCUGGCGCUGAAUUAGAAACAGCGCUUUAGAAUACUUGGCUAGAUGUUGAUCAUGAUUCGUGUGGGAUCAAAGUCUACUGAGCUUGUUAUCAUCAGGGUUAUUUCUGUCGUUAUUCA